AUGUCAGCAACAAAUGCCUUGCCUCCAGGAGGACCAUCGAAUGCACCCCAGGCUUUACUGUGGUCCUACGAACUCAAUCGCGAGAACAAGACCCUCAUCGAAGAUAUCCACGCCGUGAAGGAACAACUUCUCGCUAUCGAAGAGCACUCUCGCAACCUCGGACAAUAUCUGAAAAGCCUCACCAACUUUGUCAAUACACUUGACCGCACCAAGGGAUCCAACUACAUUAAUACAGAGGAGGGUCUGCUGCACCUUGGUCAACAGCUCAAGGGCACCGUGCUACCUCUCUGCGACUCUGAUCAGAGCCUCGUGGACAAGAACAAGGCUCUGGUAAAGUGCAUCACGGAGCUCGAGACUAUCUGCAACAAGACGAGUACACCCACCGACGCAUCCACUCUUCAACAUGCCUCUGUCACCACGGAGCCCGACCAUGGUCCUCAUGCACAGACAUUCAUGCACAGCCCUGGAUCCCUUCCAAUCGUGAUCGUCCAUGGACCACCGCACUCUGAGCAACGCCCCUCCUGGCUCCACAUGGAAACUACCAUGACCCUUGAAACAAUGAAGCAGGAAGACCGGUCCCUUGAACUCUACUACGACGAAGCAAACUAUUUGCGACGCCAGAUGCGCCCUACGGUUGCUCAAGACGAGAUUCUCGUCAAGACAUUCAUCGAAGGCUGUGACGAUAGACUUUCCCGUCGACGCCUUACCCACGCCGUGCGAAACGGCAAUAUGACCUGGACCCGGCUUGGCCAUGAAGUCCAACACCUGCUAAAUGAAGAGGAGUAUAUGGAGAACCAGAAGUAUGCUCUCGCACACAGGAAUGGAAACGGCUCGGUUAUGUGGCCGGAUGGAUCGGUGAAGCACAGGUUCAUUGCUUGGCUGCCUUUCACUGAGUCAGACCUCACUACUUCUGAGGAGGAUAUGUCGUCUUCCGAUGAGGAUUCGAAGGCCAAGAGCAUCUGA